AUUCAUUGUAUAAAUUAUAUCCUCUUCCUCAACUCUUGGGAUUAUGCUUCCAUUACUACGUCCUGUAAGAAAGUCCCAAUACAAGAAAGGUUCGCAGAAAGACAUAGCAGCUUAUCUAAAAGCUUGGGAGGAACAUUACCAGGCAAAACAAAUUGAUGGAGUACAAAUAGGAAAGCACAUUACCGUCAGAGGCAUUGCUAUAGAACCUGAGUCUGUUGUUUUAGAAAAAGGAUCAGAUUCAAUGCAUGUGACUAACGAUGAAGGUUUCGAACAACAGCAGAGCAAUGGUGACGAUGUUGCAGCUGCAGAAGACAUUGAUAUGGACGAUUUUAUGGACAAUGACCUUCAUGCAUCACUUGGUUUAACAAGAGAAGAAUCAGAAACAGAAGAAACAGAGCAAUUCAGAAAUGCGUUAUAUGAGGAUGAUUUGAGCUCCCCUCAGCCAAUAUCUCCUUCCAACUCGUAUUUUGAUUAUCUUCAGAAUGAUAAUUCACCUAUUGCUUUCGAAGAGGACUCAGAUGAAAUUGACUUUGAAAUAGAACCUGAAAGUUCUGAUGAUCCAAGGCCAUUUUAACAUCUGUGCGUACAACACCUGCUUCAAGGCAACGCACAAUGACAUUUUAUUUCGUAACGCAACGGAUAAGCAUACAUCCAAUGAGAUUCUGUCUAAUUGUUGAUAGAGCUUAUUGAUAAAUUAUACAAUAGGUUUAUCCAACAGUUCGAGGUUUAUUGCUUUAGGUAAUGGCUAUUAAUAAAUACAACAAUCCUUCUUAAGGCAACGAAUAAGAUAAACCUUGAUAGAUAUUCAUAAAAAUUAGAGAAUAAUAGCAACGGUCAAAUAUAGAACUAA